CGGACGUGGCUCCACCUUAACCACCCCAAUCCGAGUCCGGCAGGCCUCUCUCCAGACAAGGACAGAAUCUCCCACCGCUCGUCCGCUUGUGCGAAACCCCCCAUUUUUUGUGUGUGUGCAUCCGCCAGCGACCACCAUGGUGGCAUCAGGCGGGCCCAGCACGGGCCAGACCUGCGGGCUCAUCCUGAUUUUCGCCGUGCUCUUGCAAUCCAUCUGCGUGGCGAUCACUUUCCUUUAUUUCACCAACGAGCUGCAACAGCUCCGAGACACCUACGCAAAGAGUAGCUUUGCUUGCUUCAACAGAGAACAUUUUUUCCUAGAAGACGUGGAUCCAAAUGAAAAAGAAGAUGGUGAUCCCUGCUGGGAGGUCAAAUGGCAGCUGUCGAGGCUCAUUAGAAAGAUGGUGGCCAAGAGUCGUGCAGAAGAAGGAACAUCUGCUUCAACACAAGACAAUAUUUCUUUAGAUACCGUUGCAAGAGACGUACCAAGGAACCCCCGAGUUGCAGCUCAUCUCACCUCAAGCAGAAAUGCAAGGAGAACUUUAUUUGUACAAAGUACCCCUAUCAGAAACAAUUUGGGAUUUAAAAUAAUCUCUUGGCAAUCUUCGGUGUACCCUUCCUUUCUUCACAACGUAUUGCUGAGCAAUGGAGAACUUAUCAUACAGCAACCUGGAUUUUAUUACAUUUAUGCACAGACUUAUUUUCGUUUCCGGGAAUCGGAAGGCGUUGAACCCAAUGCAGAUCCUGACUCGGAGAGCGUUAGGAAUCCAAAGCAGAUGGUUCAGUACAUUUCCAAAUUUACAGAUUAUUACCCAGAAGCCAUUCUGCUAAUGAAAAGUGCAAGAACCAGUUGCUGGUCUAAACAAGCAGAAUAUGGACUGUACUCCAUAUACCAGGGUGGAGUGUUUCAGUUAAGGAGGAAUGAUAGGAUUUUUGUCUCCAUCAGCUAUGAGGAACUGGUGGACAUGGAUAAAGAAGCCAGUUUCUUUGGAGCCUUUCUGGUCUCUUAAACAAAAGAAGAGGAUGGGAGAAUCCUUAGACAUCCAUAAAAAGAACUUGUGGAAGAGCCAGGAAAUUCUGCUUUUGAAGUAUAGUCAGAAGUAGUUGCACCAUCCACAGAAUUGGAUGAAGUAUUUAGUUCCUCUGUUAACCAUCACUGAGACCAGUUCAAGGUCCCAUUAUCCAAAUUCUACAAUGGCACGUGCUACAGAUAACAGGAAUGCUAAGAAGCUGUUGUGGGUCCGUGAACAAUCAUCCAGGGAUUUUGGGUUUGGGUUUGGAAAUGGGAGAGUUGCAUUUCAUUUGUUUCGGCAAAUUUCUGUUGGUCAUACAGUGUAUGCAUGGAAUCCAUGCGCCUAAGAAGACAUGUAACAAGUGAUUCAACCUGUGCUGUCCUGUGGGUGUUGUCACUCUGGUGUGGGUUGCAUUUGCUGAACCGACUCUGACAACAGAGUGUAAAGGAGAAAGAAAAAUAGAUUCCCUAAGUUAAGACUGUUUACUUUUUUUCACAUCGGGAAGUUGUACACUUAGUCUAGCACCUGGAAGAUCCAUCCAAAAAAGUACCAUUUCUGAUUGCUGGAGAAGAAAAAUCCCAUAUUGGAAAGCUGCACCCUAAACCCGCUUCCAUUGAAGGGAACAUUCAUAUACCUGCACCCCUUCGUGCAGCUUGAAACGGUACAGUCCUGAGUAGGCUGUACCACACAGUAACUCCAAACAAGCUGUUCCUUUUGUGAGAAUGAAAAACGGUGAAUCCCAUUUGGGAAAAAUAGGAUUUGUUUCAUGUUCUAAUUGGGCCAAAUGGAUAAAAGUCUGAUUACUCUGAGGCCGGAAACAGGCUUCAGAUUAGUUCAAGUCCCUCCUUUUAAUGCAGGAACAGUUUUUGUACGGAAAGAUUUGUUUUUAAGGUUUGAGGUUUUUUUUUUAAUAAAAAAAAUAGCACGCUAACAAAAAUCAGGACAAUCAAAGCUUUUUUGCUUUUUUUUUUUUUGCAAAGGUCCGGAUGCAGUAAGAUACCAACUGAAGCGAGGGAUGUAAUUUAGAGGAGCCUGAGCGAAUCAAUAAAUAGUGCCUUUUGUUGUGAGAAUUAAUAUUAUCACCUGUAGACUACUGCUGAAGACACUUUUUUUUUUAAAAAAAGUAAGUAACUUUUAACCGCAGUUUCUGUAAAAGCAGUUAAAUGUUUCUUAGAGUUCAGUGUUUUAUUCCAGAAAGGUAAGUGAUGGUCAAAGACGCUCACACUUCAUUUAGAAUUGGAAUCGCAUAACUCUUUAAUACUGGGUAAAAAUCCAUUUAUUUCUGUAAUGCCAAAGCGGUAUUUAGUAGCAUUUGUCCCGUGGCAAUGUUGUUAUUGAAAUGCUAUGAAAAUCUUCACCUGCAGCAUGGUUUUUGCAUUGUGAUUGACAAAAGAGUUGCCAGUUGUUUCUCCAGCUUCUACAGCACACCCCCUUGAUGUAUACAGCUUAGCAAAUACCAUUUUCCAUGGCUCUGUUGUGAACUCCUGAAAAUUUCUUUGCAGUUAUUGGUGUGGUUUUGCACAUGAUCCAUUAGCACACAUCCUCUAGGGGCUUCCUGUCUCUUUCUAGUGUAGACUAAAAGGAAAAUCCCUCCCUAACUACACUUUUGCACAAUGGGAUCAUUGUACUCUGUUGUCCACAUAUGUUUUAAAGAGAGAGAAAUGUAGACCAAUUGCUACUGUAGAAGAAAAAUCCCACCAUAACUACAAUUUUGGACAAUGGGAUUAUUCUACCCUAAUAUUGUUGGCAGCAUAUGUUUAACAGAUAGAUAGAAACAGACCAACUGCAUCUUCAGAAGAAAUUCUUUAUGAAGUGCUUUUAAGUAAAUGCAAAGAGAUACUGAAGUUACAUACUGUGUCAAAUGUUGUGUAAAUAUAUAGCAUUGACAUUAAUGUGAUGUAGCAUUGACAUUAAUAUGUAGCAUUGAUAUUAAUGUGAUUAAUGUGAUGUAGCAUUGACAUUAAUGUGAUUGACAUUUUAGGAUCAUCAUCCUUUGUUCACACCACUGUAAAGCAUACAGUCCUUAAUUCUGAGCGGAGUCAAUCCAGUUUGAUGGGUCUCCAAUUUGGGAGAAUAAGACCAAGGAGUUGUGUUGAAAUAAUAUUGGGAUAUUUUACCUGGUUGCUAGCA